AUGUACGCGCAUAGACCAAAAGCUGUUACAGCUCUUGGUCGAUUAGAAUUGCCACUUGAGCCCAAUAAUGACCCCAAUAACCGAGUAUUGCGGUGGAAAUCACCAGAUGUAAAGGGCGAGGUCCAAAAGCCUGUUGGAGAAACCCCAUUCGUUGUCAUACCAGGAGACGAGCUUGACGAAGGUGUCGUUGAGGGCAAUACCAGCCUUCACGUCGAAAAUGCUGGACCUCUUGUCGUGCACGAAGUCCUGAGAAACGAGCUGGUCGUCGGUCCAUCCGAGGAUGCCCUUGAGUUCGCCCUCAGAAGCGGCCUUGACGGCAGCAACGAUCUCGUCGUAGGUUGCGGGCUUGGCAAGCUUGCAGGUCAAGUCAACAACACUGACGUCGGGGGUGGGGACACGGAAGGCCAUACCGGUGAGCUUGCCGUUCAAGUCGGGGAUGACCUUGCCAACAGCCUUGGCGGCACCAGUGGAGGCGGGGAUGAUGUUGGCACCGGCGCAACGGCCAGCCCUCCAGUCCUUGCCACCGCGGGAAGCACCGUCGACGGUCAGCUGGUUGGCAGUGGUGGCGUGGACGGUGGUCAUGAGACCCUCGACAAUGCCGAACUUGUCGUGCACAACCUUGGCCAAGGGAGCCAAACAGUUGGUGGUGCAGCUAGCGUUUGA